GAGAAAUUGAGGCUCAAGGCAGAACUCAUUAUAAAGCUUGAAAUUCAAGAUGAACAAAAUAAAAGGGUCAAAAAGCAAAUUGAAACCCUAAAAAAUCAGAAGGAUCAAAACCAACAACUCAUUGUUGCUCUAAGAAACCAACACGAGACAGAAUUGGUGAUGACGAAAGAGAGUGAGUUCAAUCUAAAGAAAUUUGAGCAGAAUAUUCGCAACAUGUGCAAGCAGAUGCAAGACUCUGACGAGAAACAACACUUGCUGCAGGAGGAAAUAAGCCGCAGUAUGAAGAAAUUGGAACACCUGAAAUCCCUAGUAGAGUGGGGGGAAGAGGCAAGAAAAUCCUGGCAAGAGGAACUGGAGGCUGGAGACAGAGACUACAAUCUGCUGCAGAGAUUUAAACUAGAGGAUGAUGCCAAGUUUAAGGAAAUGGAACUGAAACGACAAAGACUGAAGGCGGAUGUGAAUGAACGAGAAGCGAUCCUGACAAAUGAACUCAAUAUGAUGACAACGUUGGAGAACCAGCUCGAACAAGUCUCUAGACUCUUCAGGAGGGCACACAAGGAGCGCAUGAGCCUAAUAUCGUAUUGGGAAAACGCUGUGAAAAUUCUUAAUCAGAGAGACAGUUCUAUCGAUUCAACUCUUCAGGAGCUGCAAGAAAUAAAAACGUUAGCCAGAGAAAAGUUUGCUGUCCUAGCCGACGAAAGAAAGUUUUACGAGGCUCAGUGUGAAAACAACGAAGAGCUCGGCAAACAGCUGGACGAAUUGAAUUAUAGUGUGGUUCACCAACGGAACAUGAACUUGCAACAGACCGAGAUAACUAAUAACCUUAAGAGUGAGGUAACGACUUUGCGAGGUGUGAUUACUGAUCUGGGAACAUCGUUGAACAAAGAGAGAAGCCGCAACGUGCAACUGACCAACGAGAUCCAAGCGAGAGAGAUCCACUUGUCCUCGCUUCACUCACCUAUUCAAGAGUUGAGGGAGAAACUACGGGAGUUGGAGGAGGCUGACAUGACGUCAGCGCAGAGGAGUAGAGAGAUACACGACAUAUUGAAGUCCGCUGAAAAGAACAACAGAGAAUUACAAACUAAAUUUGACAAGAUUCAAGAAAAAGUAUUUGAAAAAACAUCUGAGCUUGAGGCUAUAAGGAGAACCAACGAAGCAGUUGAAAAUGAGAUAAAGGUGUUGAAUUUGAAUACAAAGGCAUUUGAAAAACGAGUGAAUGAAAUUGAAAAGGAAAUAAUCGACAAGGAACAAGUGCUGUAUGAUAUGGACAUGGAAAGUAUGGUCCUGGAAAGCAAGUUGAGCAGGCUUCAAGGCGAGAGGACAGACGAGGAAAAGGUCAGACUCAAGAUGAGGAUACUGGAGCUGGAAGAAGCUGUGAAGAAGAAGAAGGAAGUGUUUAACAUGGUCACUGCACAGUACAACCGAGCUAAGAACGAGCAUAUUCAGCUAUCGGCAGAAGUGGACGAAGAGAACGAACAGUCUCGGAAACUGACAGAGAAGCGGCAGGAACUGGUGUACUUGAUGGAGGGAGGGCAGAAACAGCUGACGGCUUUGCAACAAACAAACAAGCAGACACAGGUAACUCUGAAUCUACUGAAGCUGCGUGUGGACCAACGAGAGAAGACUCUGGCCAAACAUGAGAACCAGGUCUUCGGUUUGGAACGUGAAAAACUCGAGUUGGAAAAUGCCCUUCGAGAAAGAAAAGUAGAGAUUGGGCUUCAGAUGGAUUUGAUGGCUGCGAAAAAACGAAGUUUGGAAGAAGAAAAAUCCGAGUUGAAGAAAGCUCUUGAGCACCUUCAUAUAAGGAUUGGUCAACUGCAGAAAAAGCACGAUAUUGUGAUGGACAGCCUGGGUAAGGAGGACAGCGGAGAAAACUUUUCUGUCGCACAUUUUAAAAUUAAGAUAGCUCAAGAGAGGCACGAACUGCAAGAGAUCGGAGACGAUUUGGACUCAAAGAUAAAGAAAGCGGAAAACGAAAUCCCCGCGAUGGAAAACACCCUGAGGGUCAUUAGUGCGGCCAACGACUGCUACAAACGCAACUUGGAUGCCAUCGACUCUGAUAGCCCUGAGAUGCAAGAGAAGAAGAAACUAGAAGAACAGUAUUAUGAGGCGAGGGAAAAUUUGAAAGACCGACAGGCCAUUUUGAAGGUUUUUACGAAUCAGAUUCAUGAGAUGGAGUUGUCCCUGUCAGAUCUCGGAGAGUGUGAGGAGAGAGUGAGAGGGGAGUGGAGAGACAAGGAUGUGGCUGCUCGGGCACUGGACAAGGAGUUGGAGGAACAACAAGACACACUGAUACAUACAAGUUCUGAUAUGAUGUCCACAGGAGAUGGAGUUGUCCCUGUCAGAUCUCGGAGAGAGAUGGAGUUGUCCCUGUCAGAUCUCGGAGAGUGUGAGGAGAGAGUGAGAGGGGAGUGGAGAGACAAGGAUGUGGCUGCUCAGGCACUGGACAAGGAGUUGGAUGAACAACAAGACACACUGAUACAUACAAGUUCUGAUAUGAUGCCCACAGGAGUUGGAGUUGUCCCUGAGAUGGAGUUGUCCCUGUCAGAUCUCGGAGAGUGUGAGGAGAGAGUGAGAGGGGAGUGGAGAGACAAGGAUGUGGCUGCUCGGGCACUGGACAAGGAGUUGGAUGAACAACAAGACACACUGAUACAUACAAGUUCUGAUAUGAUGCCCACAGGAGUUGGAGUUGUCCCUGUCAGAUCUCGGAGAGUGAGUUGGAGUUGUCCCUGUCAGAUCUCGGAGAGAGUGAGAGGGGAGUGGAGAGACAAGGAUGUGGCUGCUCAGGCACUGGACAAGGAGUUGGAUGAACAACAAGACACACUGAUACAUACAAGUUCUGAUAUGAUGCCCACAGGAGUUGGAGUUGUCCCUGAGUUGGAGUUGUCCCUGUCAGAUCUCGGGGAGUGUGAGGAGAGAGUGAGAGGGGAGUGGAGAGACAAGGACGUGGCUGCUCGGGCACUGGACAAGGAGUUGGAGGAACAACAGGCCAAGCUGUUGAGAGCCGACAAGCUGCUGAAGAAACUCAAAAGAGAGGCUCGUCAACCUAAGGAGUCUCGAGUGCCAAUACAUCUGGCCGAGAAAGAUAUUGAGCUGCGGGAACUUCAAGACAUAAACCAGUCGGGACUACAGCAGUUGGCAGAACUGGCAACCAGAUACUCGGAAGUGGCGCCACUGCUGAACCGCUACUUAGGGGAGAAGGGGCUGACUCUGCCUCUGGUGAGGAGUCAUCGGGCCAAGAUAAGUACUACGGGAUCUACGUUGAGCACACAUCGCAGUUUGUUCUCGGAAGAUUCUCGUAUCAGCAUCGGAAGUGGACCCAGCAGUCAAACACCGAGCAUUAUUAUGCUUGAUCCAGACACGAUUCAGCCAGGGCCAAGAAGUUCUGCCGAUUCUAGAAUGUCUAAACUGUCAGGAAGUAAUAAGAAAAGUAAAUAAAUGUGGUUUUUCAACACUAAAUGUCAACAAAAAAUGUCAAUGUCACUACAAUUGAUGUUAUUUUUAGAUUAUCUGGUAGUUUAGUUUCAAAUUUGGGGUUAAGUCAGCCUUUGCACCAUUGACUUCUUAAGACUGUAUGUUGGAUUAAAUUGUAUCUUAUAAAACA